GAACGGGUGUUGAGUUACGAGUCAGUUUACAAAUCGCACAUUUAUUUAAUAAAACAUAAUUGAAAACAAAAAAAUAUUCGCGGUUAUAUUUUAUUAGUGACUACAAAAAGUGUAAUUAGCAAUUGACGACCGUUGUGAUUAAAUGUUUUUCGUACUUUCUUCAGAUAAAAAGAGAGUAAAAUAAAAUUAAUCAUUCAAUAGAUUUUUUUGACGGUGUGAAGUUGCGAUAAUGGCACAGGGACCAUCACCAUAUUUGAGUGCGAUUCAGAAAGUUAAAGGAAACACACCGGGUGAUAAGUUUAAGACAUUAUACAGCAUCACGAAAAAAAUAAUUGAAUCAGAAAAUCAAAAUGCUUCGAUGCCAUUGACUGUCCAUUCGUCGGAAAUACCGGAGGCUUUAAAACCACUGGUGCAAGUGGAGGUCGCGCGAUUAUCAGGACAAUUUGAGGAAAUUUGCAAAGCUUUGAAAUCCGAUGACUCUGCUGUGUUUGGUCGAGCGCUUAAAGCCAAGUGGUUUUUUAAUGGCAGCCAUGAAAAUUAUCGGGCUCACUACUACCAGGCACAGAUUUUUCCGUAUGUAUCUUUGCACAGUCGACAUAAAAUUAUCAAAACAUUGGCUAAAAAUUUGACCAGGAAACCUGUUAUCGCUGAACAAUUUUAUACUACGCUGAUUCUGAUACACGAGGAAAAACAAGCUAACCCACUACUGAAAGCUUGCGGUGAAUCAUUUAUCUGGAAUCGCAUCAAGGAGCAUGGACUACGGCUUAAUAAUGGAAUGGUACGAAUUUUAUUCGACAAGUAUCCAAAACUUGUAAUUAAGUAUCUAAAGCUAAGCAAAAAAAGUGACGACGAAUUCGAACGAAAUUUACGACCCGUUGAUUUACAGUCUUAUGCGUCUUUUCUUCCCAGAUUAUUAAAGGAAUAUCCCGACACUUUCAUGGAACUCAUCGAAAUGCAUAACAACAACUUCAAUAUAAAGUUAAGCCGCCGUAGCACUGAAUUCUUUUUUGAAAACUUCCCCGACGCUUUAAUGAGAAAUGUAAAAUUCUUUCUACCAAUGUUAAAUCAUAAAGUCGUAAGUAGAAACCUCACUGACCUUCAGUUCAAGGCCAUGUUUAAGCAGCAAUUUCCGCCCGACAAAAAUUCAUUUGAAUUCGAUAAAUUAGUUCAGUACCUAAAAUGUCUUCCAAACGAUGAUAGAUUGCCUUUGAUGAUUUCUACAUUCGAAGAAGUUUACGGAGUUAAAUUACUAGAUUUCUAUACAAAAAUUACGACAACAACUCUUUGGAUGCUUCCACGCGAAGAUCGGAUCAAGUUAGUGGAAGAAUUCCUUGAAUAUAUCGAUAAUACAAAGGCACGUUGUUCCGAUGUGCCGUGGGUUUGUUUUUUACCCUGUGAUAAGUCAAUAAGGCGCUUGAAAUUUGAUUUCAUACACGAAAGCGAUUUAAAUAAACGGCUCCGGACAUUAGAAAACUUAAUGUAUACGUGCCAAGUUAAUGCCGACAGUGAAUCGUUCCUGAAAGUUAUCGAAUACAUCGCAGCAGAGCACAUAAAUGAACCUGAACCGGUACUGAUCGGUAUUUUUAGAUUUAUAGUAACCAUAUACCCAUUAAAUACUUUAACCAGCGACAAUUGGGAUGCGUUGAUCAAAUUCAUCGAUUCAACGAAAAACAAGUUCACAAAUUGGUACUACAAGAUGCCAUUAAAUUUGAUUAGGGCUGCAGUUCGUUACGAUUUGGAGAAUAAUAUUAAUGAUAACACGCGUAGCAUGCAAUUGCUUACAGAAUUUUAUUUGAACCUUCGGUUUGCUAAAUGGCUAGUUUUUACAGAUAAUUUUCAAUACAAUAGAAUCUGCCUAGAACACUUCAUCACUAAUCAGCUGGAAUAUGAGCUUCCUAUUUCUGAACACGCGAGGAGUUCUGGAUUCAUAACUUUGUUAGUAUCGAUUCAUGACUUUAAUAAUGCAGUAACUGAAGCAAAAUCUGAUGUCAAAGUUAUUCUUAUUAAAGAUCAUCCGAAAUUGGUGGAAAAAUUGCGGUUAAUCCUGAGAUAUCACAUGAGAGAUGAUAUUUACAUGAAAAAUCUGAAAGUCGCAGUAAGAAACUUGGAUCAGGAUCUUUACACCGACUGCGUCAGUGAAAGUGUAAGGAAAACCGAAAAAUUACCUAAGACUGUAGUACCUCUUACUUUGGCAUCAAAGGUUACCUGGAAAAUGCUAAAGACCGAUCCACAAUGUUUUGAAUAUAAUUGGGAGUUGUUUGUGAACGAAUGUCAUUACAGAAUUCCUAUACUUGCUGUCAAAAAUAAAUCCCUUUUGAAGAGCCAUUGGUUAGCUCGAAAAUUUCUCAGACUGAGUCGGUGGUGUCAGGAUCUGCCGAUAAAGAUUGUUAGAAGGCUACAAGAGAACUAUGAAAGGUUUAGAGACGAACGAGAUCUAAUUGCUCUGGCAUUUCUGCUUCAAGGACCGGAACUUGAGCCCUUCUUACCACUUGUCGGCGGGUUCCAAGCUAUGAAGGUUACUUUUGAAGAUCCUGCCCCGCCUGGCAUGAAAGCCAAUGGUGUUCUGAGAGCCUUAAGUGUUGCUAACCCCCCAGUAUCUUUGGAUUUGAUACUCAAAUUCUGUGCCAAUAAAUGGGUCGAAACGGGAUUUAAUUGCCUUAUUAAUGUAAGCCGACGAACGGCCGUUCCUAAAAUUAUUUUGUUUGCAAUAGAUCUCUUGAAAUGGGGACCGAUUGUUCAACCGGUGGCUAUACGAAAACUCGGAAUUAGGUUAUUGUGUAUGAUCGAGAAUGUUGAAUAUUUACACUUUGUCCUGACGUUCUUGUGGACCUACGAAACAGAUCUGAAAAUUCGUAAGUUAGUGUUCAGAAAUGUGAUUAAACUUUUUAAAGCAUUUCCUAAGGCCAAUAACUGGGAAUUGAUUAAUAAAUGUAUCGACGGACUAAGACCAGAUGAUAAAUAUACUUUUGGAUCUCUUAUGAAAUUUGAUCACAUCCCUAAUGAGUUCAUUGCGGAAUAUGUCCGGAAAUUAUUUAGCCUCUUUCGUAGACUCGGCGAUGAGGGAAACGAUUCGCAGCGAGAUGUCGUUUGGUUCUAUAUUACAAAGCUACUUAAUAUUGAUAAGAACAUAUUAGUUCUGUUUUCUGACGAAUUGCACAAUGAAAUAAUUGACAAGUAUGUUCUUGAUUUGUCACUACCACAAAAUGUACAGUCUGCAGGCCAUAGUUAUCUAAUUAAUUACAUUGUAACAGCGCGAGAUAAGUUAGAAGACAGAUUGAACCGAUUCAGAAAUAUAUUCGUCAAAAUUGUUAAAGGAAAUUUGGAUGUUCCUCAUCCUACUGAACCGUCAUUCUAUCCAGCAAAUUAUUUCGUACAUGAAUUGAUCAAUAAUAUAAUAUAUCAUUUGCCGAACAAUAGUAUAAAACGUAAGUUAGCUUAUACUGCGACAAAGGCGGCAGUCGAUUCGGACGUGAAAACUGAUCGAGAUUCCACAUUCUUCUUAUUGUUCACAUACACUUGUAUUGUUAACAAAGCCACUCCCGAGAAAUUAGCAACGGCUGUCAACAUACUUUUGCCUAAUAGUUCCAAAUCUUUUGGCAAAAACGCCACUAAAAAUAUUGCUAACCAUCUUCAUAAAUAUAUCGAUUCUUGCAUCGGCGAUCGGCAAUAUCAAAAAGAAGUCAUCGAUUGUCUCCGAGGUUUCGGAAAUUGGAAAGCUAGAAGGCUUGCAGAUCGUCUUAAGUUAUUAUAGAGGCAAAUCAAAAGCUAUCUACGGCUCGCUGAACUUGUGUCUCUUCCCGUAAUGUAAAUAACUACAACCCCGUAGGCGAGUGCGUUUUUAACUAUUUUUUAAAAGUAGUAAUUAAUAAGUAGGAGUCAUGUAAAAAUAUUUUACUGCAUGAAAUUUUAUAAUUAUCGAUACUAAGGUUAUUGUUGUAUUGUUAAUGAAUUUUUAAACACGUGUAACAUAAAAAAUAAGAAUGAUUAGUGAAAGUUUCAAUUACUAUUAUUUAUGUAAUUUUAUUUUAGGGUUUUUUACUCUAACGUAUUGUCCAACUGAAGUACGUAUUUAAGCGAUUAAUGUAUAAUUUUUUUUUAAUUCCAGCACUUAAUAAAUAAUCGACUUUUCCGAACAAUGACUUUGUAAUAUUAUAAAAUAAAAUUGUAAAUUAUAC